GCAAUGAUGUCUCUUGACAUAUCCGACAGCGCUCAAAUCUAUGCUGCGUUUGUGGUGUACCUGGACCUCUUGGAAGGGAGAAACUGGCAUGAAGUGAAGCACGUCGGCGUAGCAGAACUGCAGCUCGUGUGCCUGCACGCGCGCGAAAGGGAAGAGGACGGUCUCCAGGUGAUGGUGCCGCUGCCUGUGCACAUCUCGCUGAGCCAUGAGAGGAUGCGAGAAAUCAUGAAGAAAGCAUCUCUGCCGCAAGACGAUCCCGACACCCCGCUGUCGGUUACCUUGGCCAUAGUUGAGUCAGAUUCCACAGUAGUCUACUAUAAAAUAACCGAUGGCUUUGUAAUACCUGAUCCUCCUGACGAUACUGAAGAUGUGGACAAUAAACAAUGGAGAAAGAAAAGAAAGAAGCUUUUCAAAUGA